AUGGAGGGUCAGAAGGCCCUCUGCGGGCCGCUCAGUCUGCUGCUGCUGGCGUCCCUCUGCCUGCUGCCUCCGGGGGCCUCAGGGCAGCUCCAUCCAACCCGCAAAGCCCCCGAGGCGGCCUCCUCCAUCCAAGGAGUGCGGGGCGGCUCCGUAGAGCUGGCCUGUGGCUCCCGGCCCGCCCCGCUGGUGGUCUUCUGGAGCUUCACCCCACUGGGCUCACUGAUUCCCCGGCCUGUGGCCGUCACCAAUGGAGCAGAGUCCAAAGUGGAGGCCGGGGCCUCGGCUCUGGGGGCCGUGAGUCUGCGGAACAGCAGCCUGGUGCUGGGGGAGCUGCGGGAGGGUGCCCGCGGCCACUUCCUGUGCCAGGCCCUGCACACGGCUGGCGGCCAGCUCCACACCACCUCCUCCUACCUCACUCUGGCGGUGCUGGUGCCCGUAUCGAAGCCGCAGGUGCGGCUGAGCGACCCGGCCCCGGUGGAGGGGACCUCCGUGGUGGCCAUGUGUGCAGUGCGGGAGGGCACGGAGCCUGUGACCUUUGCCUGGCAGCAUCAGGCACCCCGCGGUCCUGGAGAGGCUCUGGUGGGGCCCACAAAGUGCCUACUCCAGCUGGACCCAGUCAACAGGACACAUCUGGGCUGGUAUGUGUGCAGUGCCCACAAUGCCGUCAACCAGCUGAGCAGCGAUGGCACCUUCCUGGAUGUCAUCUAUGGUCCAGACAAUCCUGUGAUCACCGUGGAGCCACUGGGUUUCACUGAGGAGGGAUUUUGGGCCAGUGAGAGCUGCCUGGCUGCAUCCAACCCACCUAGUCACUACGUGUGGCUCCAUGACCACACUCAGAUCCACACUGGGCCCACCUACAUCAUCGCCAGUGCUGGCCGUGCCCACACGGGCCUGUACACCUGCCUGGCCCGCAACAGCCGCCUGGACACCCGCACGCAGAGCACCAUCCAGCUCAACAUCUACUACCCCCCUGAGGGGCAGCCCUCCUGUACUGUGCUCCCCACCCUUGGGGCUGUGACUUUGGUCUGCUCCUGGCCCGGGGGGCUUCCGGCUGCGCAGCUGCAGUGGGGCGGGCCCCAGGGAACCAGCCCCACUGCCCUCAGCAACAUCACCUGGAGUCACGUGGCCACCCAGCUCCCCAACGGCAGCGUCCUCACCUGCACUGGCCAGCACCCAGCCCUGGUACUGCCCGCCCUCUGCAGGAUCACGCUGUGGGAACCCCUCUGGAGCCCUGCCUGCUGGACCACGGCCACAGUCGGAGACCAGGUCAUCGUGCUGAGCUGUGAGUGGCCUGGAGGCGAGCCCCCUGCUGUGCUGAGCUGGCUUGAUGGACAGCAGCGGCCCCUGGGCAGCAGCAGCUCCUCGCUGGCUGUCUACCUUCUGCCGGCCCAGGAAGACCUGGCUGGAAGCGAGUUCACCUGCCAGGGCGCUCACCCACUCAGAGUCCCCGACCCCAGCUGCCGGCUCCGGCUAGAAGCUCCGCAGCUGGCAGUGGCUGAGCCCCGGGUGUCGGUGCUGGAGAGGGGAGAGGCCUGGCUGGGAUGUGCCCUCCUGGGCGGCACGCCACCUGCCCAGCUCCUCUGGCUGGGACCCCGGCGACAGCAGGUGGAGCCAGGCACCUCGGGAUUCUCGCUGCCUAAGGGCGCCCAGCUCCGCCUGAGGGUCCGGGAGGCCGACCCAGCACACCAUGGGGGCACCUACCAGUGCGUGGCCUGGAGCGCCUUGGGCAGCUGCCGUCAGAGCGUCCUGCUGGAGGUCCUGAGAUGCCCGGCUCCCCCCAACGUCACCAUCAGCCGCCUGACCCACGGGAGGCGCCGGAGAGAGGUGCACCUGCAGUGGGCCAUUGAAGGCCCCGGGAACGUGGCGGGCUUCCUGGUGCAGCGGAGGGCCAGCGCCCCAGGCCUGGGAGCUGGGGCCUGGGAGACAGCAGCUGGUGACAUCGAGCCGGAGAGCAGGGGCCAGCUGGGGGGCUUGGACCCGGGGGUCCUUUACGCCUUCCGUGUGCUGGCUCUGAACCAGCGCACAGCUGGACAUCCCUCUGAGGUGAAGACACCAGCGGACCCCCCCUUCAGCGCCUACCCUGCGGUGCUGGGUGCGGCAGGCACAGGAAUGGUGGUGGCAACGGUGGCCUCUCUGCUGGUGUUCCAGUAUGCUGCCCGGCACCCGGAGACUUUCCCCCGUCUUGGACGGUUGCUUGCUCCCAUAAGAUUACUCAUGGUAAAGGAGAGCAGCCCCGAGUCUCCUGCAAGAUGCUCAGUCUCUCUUGUCCUCUGGGAACAAUCUGGGACACCUCCGGGGCAUCUCUCUCUCCUUCGCUUGUGUCUGUUCUUUGUAGGCACUGAAACACCAUCCACCAGCCCAGGUUCGGAUCCUGCACAAGAAUCCCAGGACCCUCCAGUAAAUGUCACCAUCACAGUGACUGCAACGCCAUGAGGCCCCAAGGAGAAGAGGCAAACAUGCCUAAUGGAGACGGUGAGGGAUGGGAAUAUCCCCUGUCACACAUGAUCUUAAAACCAAGGUAGCCAAGACCCCAACUGCCUUUUCCCACGGAGUAUCCAGCAUUUAUAUCCAGCGCAAGGCUCAGCUGCAGGGCCUCUAAAUGACUUGGUUACAAGAGGGGUCCUCACUCAGCUCGUGGAAGACCGCGGUGGAAGGACAAGGAAGACACGCUGUGUGAGGAAAGACCAGUUGGCUGCCCGAGGGCAAGUGAGAACCGUGGUGCUGGGCGCACCGCCCGGCGCUGUGGGAGCAAGCUGGCCGCUUCCGGACAAAGCCCGUGAACCGAGCGAUUCCUCAAUAAAUCAUUCGUGAUGCUCUCUCUAGCGGAGGGUUCUUUCAGUUAGUCCCAGGUUUUCCUGCUGAAGGGAAGCUGGGAUACAGGAAGCAAGAUACGCAGGCAUAUCUUCAACUGUAGGGAAAGAUAUGCCUUCUAGUUCUUAACUUUCCAAAUCCCACGUCCCUUCCCCAAGAAGACAGGCUUCUAUUAUGGGACCCUGCUGGCUGGUAGCAGAGCCAGGUGCCAGUCCCAGGGUCUGUCUCCCUUUUUACCUUGGGUGUAGGAACAUCACUGUGUCUGCCGUGGUCAGAGGGACUCGCAGUCGCUGGCCUCCAGACUCUGUGCCAACCAGACAGGACGGGGUUCUUGCCACCAGACUCAGGGAGCUGGCUGACAGGGGACCCGGGCUGGCCAAAGUCACACUCUGUCAGCCGCCAGCAUG